UUGUUUUUUGAUUUGCAUGGUUGCUAUUACUUCAAGUCCGUGAUAACUAUCCAAAGUCUUCUUCCUCUCAUAAAACAAGUCUCUGCUGCUGCUGUCAACUUCCCACUUCAUAAUCCUCAGACUGGUUCUAAUCACUCUUCAAAGAUAAAGCAGAAAGCAAGCCAAGCAAUUCUCACCAUUUUCAUGGAAAAAAUAAACUCCCCUGAAAUCCGAUUUUCUUUUUCUCUUCUUCUUUUUUUCCUCCACUUCAUAUCACUUCACCUUCUCUCUUCUGCUUACACUCGCCCCACAGAGUAUUUCAUCAGCUGUGGUUCAAACACUGUUAUUUCUUCCGCUGGCCGGAACUUCACCGGGGACUCAAGUUCUGGAAAUUCUCUUUCUUUCACCUUCAAAGGACAGAGCAGUACUGUUAUAGAUAGCAAUAAGUCAACGAAAACACCACCUCUGUAUCAAACAGCUAGACUCUUCAAGCAAAAAUCAUCUUAUGAGUUUGAAAUCAGUAGCUCUGGUACUUAUCUGGUACGUCUUCACUUCUUUGCUUUCUCAUCCGCAGAUAAUCUCUCUGCAGCUCAUUUCGAUGUUUCGGCUUCUGGGUUUUCAUUGUUGAAUAAUUUCACUCCAAAAUAUAACAGCAGCGAUCCUGUAAUAAAAGAAUUCAUACUUACUAUCAAUAAAGGCAAAUUCAGCAUAAAUUUCAUGCCACAAGGAUCAUCUUUUGCGUUUGUUAAUGCCAUGGAAGUGUUCCUUGCUCCAGAGAAUUUCAUUCCAAAUGAUGCUUCACAUAUCAGUAUUGCAGGAAAUAGUGGGAAAAAUUAUGUGGACAUACUCUCUGAGGCAUUACAAACAAUUCACAGGAUCAACGUCGGUGGCAGUAACCUCACGCCGGAGAAUGACACUCUAUGGAGAUUUUGGGUUCCAGAUGAUAGUUACCUCUACAUGCCAGCCACUGCCAAGAACAGCACUUUUCAUUCAGACAAGCCUAAUUACUUGCAAGGAAUGAGCGAAUAUAUAGCCCCGGAUCUUGUCUACCAGACGGCCAAGGAGAUGAAUAUAAAUAGCGGCAGACUUGCAAAUAACUUCAACGUAACCUGGUCAUUUAGUGUCAGUAAAAAUGCUAGGCACUUUGUUCGAGUUCAUUUCUGCGACAUAAUUAGUCCAACUCUUGGUGUUAUAGACUUCAAUCUCUUUAUCUAUAGCAGAUUCAGCAUUGUAAUUGAUCCUUAUGACAGAAUUGGCCACCUAGCAGCUCCUUUUUAUCUUGACUUUGUUGUGGAUUCUGAUGAUUCUGGACUUAUGAAUUUUAGCAUAGGCCCUCGUGCUGAUUCUGAUAUAAAAACUGCUUUCUUGAAUGGGUUGGAAAUUAUGCAGAUCGUGGGAGAAUCUGGUUCAGAAUCAAGAACAAAUGCGCCUAACAAGACUCGUAUCUUUAUCAUUGUUGGCUCAAUUGUUGGAGGUUUGGGUCUUAUAUGCAUUUUGGCAGUUGUUGUAGGCUUGUGUUUAAGAUGCAGGAAACCAAAAACAGUAGAAAAUUGGGAAUGGUCACCAGUGCCUCUACAUAGAGGGGGAAGUUCUCACAACAGAAUGGCUGAGGGAAGCGUAAUUGGCUCAAGGGUACCUGAUUUAAACCUUGGAUUAAAGAUAUCUUUUGCUGAAAUUCAGUUUGUAACCAACAACUUCGAUGCGAAAAUGAUAGUUGGUAAGGGAGGAUUUGGGCAUGUUUUUAGAGGAACUCUGAGGAAUGGAAUCAAAGUUGCUGUGAAGAGAAGUCAGCCAGGAUCAGGCCAAGGCCUUCCAGAAUUCCAAACAGAGAUUAUGGUGUUAUCCAAGAUUCGUCAUCGCCAUCUUGUCUCCCUAAUUGGGUAUUGUGAUGAAAUGUCAGAAAUGAUACUGGUUUAUGAAUUCAUGGAAAAUGGUACAUUGAGAGAUCAUCUGUAUAACUCAGCUCUGCCUUCCUUGUCCUGGAAGCAAAGGCUUGAAAUUUGCAUUGGUGCAGCAAAGGGACUUCACUAUCUCCAUAGAGGUGCUUCUGGGGGAUUUAUUCACCGAGACGUUAAGUCCACAAACAUCUUGCUUGAUGAAGAUCUUGUUGCUAAAGUUGCUGAUUUUGGCCUUUCAAGAUUAGGUCCUCCUGAUCAAACCCAUGUCAGCACAGGCGUUAAAGGAACAAUUGGUUAUCUUGAUCCUGAUUAUUUCAGGACUCAACAGUUGACAGAAAAAUCUGAUGUCUACUCAUUUGGUGUAGUGCUUCUUGAGGCUCUUUGUGCAAGACCAGCUAUCAAUAUCAUGCUUCCAAGGGAGCAAAUAAAUCUAGCUGAAUGGUGUAUGAUUUGCAAGGAAAAAGGGACAAUUGAAGAGGCUGUGGAUCCUUCAAUAAAAAGUCAGAUAAAUCCCAAUUCUCUAAGAAAAUUUGCUGAGAUAGCAGAGAAAUGUCUGCAAGAAAAUGGUGCUGAUAGGCCUACCAUGGGAGAUGUGCUGUGGGAUUUGGAGUAUGCAUUGCAAUUGCAACAAACAGCUGUACAGAGACAGCCUCAUGAGGACAGUGCAACUGAUGCUUCAGCGAUGAUUGGCUUGCCUAACAUUCAACAUUUUCCAUCUUUCAGCAUGUCAGUUGAAAAAGAUGAUUUGCCCAUCUUGAGGGACGACAGUGCAAAUAUAUGGGCAAGUGAAGUUUUCUCCCAAUUGAAAAUUGAUGAUGCCAGGUAAAAUUGUAAACUUUUUUUGGUCUUCUAAAUUUUCUUUUUGGCACCUAUUUUGGUCUGGAUUAACACUGCUGUGAAAUUGUAAAGAUGGGUUUGUAAUAGCAGAAUUGUAUUUGUACCAUAAGCAAUAAGUUUUAUGAUUUCUAAGCUGCU